AUGGAGGGGUCCAACCUCACCAUGGUGACCGAGUUCAUCCUGCUGGGAGUCACAGAUCGCCCUGAGCUGCAGGCUCCACUCUUCCUCCUUUUCCUCAUCAUCUACCUGACCUCGCUGCUGGGCAAUCUGGGCAUGAUCAUCCUCACCCAGGUGGACCCCAGGCUGCAGACUCCCAUGUACUUUUUCCUCAGACACCUGGCUCUCACAGAUCUUGGUUAUUCCACAGCCGUGGGACCAAAAAUGUUGGAAAAUUUUCUUGUGGAUCAAAAUAAAAUCUCUUUUUAUGGUUGUGCUCUGCAGUUAGCUUUCUUCCUUUUGUUCACUGCUUGUGAACUUUUAAUUUUGGCUGCCAUGUCCUACGACCGCUGUGUGGCCAUCUGUCGCCCUCUCCUCUACACCGUCAUCAUGUCACAAAAAGUAUGUUGGGUACUGAUGGCGAUUUCCUAUCUCUACUGUGCAUUUUUGUCCCUUUUGGGCACCGUGAAGGUUUUCACUUUGUCCUUCUGCAGAUACAAUGUGAUCAGUCAUUUCUACUGUGACAAUCUCCCACUGUUAUCUUUGGCCUGCUCAGAUACACAUGAAAGUGAGCUGUUAAUUUUGUUCUUGUCAUCUUUGAAUUUGACUUCUUCUCUUUUCGUUAUCCUUGUGUCCUACCUGCUCAUCCUCAACACCAUUCUCAGGAUGAAGUCUGCAGAGGGCAGGCGCAAGGCCUUCUCCACCUGUGGGUCCCACCUCACCAUGGUCACCGUGUUCUACGGGACCCUGAUAUUUAUGUACCUGCAGCCCAAGUCCAGUCACUCCUUUGACACUGACAAAGUGGCUUCCAUAUUUUACACCCUGGUCAUCCCCAUGUUGAAUCCCUUGAUCUACAGCUUGAGAAAUAAAGAUGUAAAAUGUGCCCUGCAAAGAACACAGAGAAAACUAUGCAAUAUCUUUGUUUCAAAUUCUCCAAUAAUUUUCUAG